CCAUGACUGACAGAAAAAGAGGGGGAAACCUGUCUGCCAACUCUCACAGAAGAUGUGACGUCAGUGUACCAAUCUUUGAUAAGGCGCCAGGCAUUCCGGGAGACUCCUGCUUUCUUUAGAUGACUGAGGAGAACAGGGUACUCAACAGUAUCGAAGGCAGAAGCGAGGUCAUAGAAACAUGAAUAAACGGAGUCCCCAUCACGAAUGAAUUUUGAGAUGGUCUCUUGACAGGAGAAUGUUGCAUCGGCACUAGAAACACCACGCUGGUAUGCUGUUUGAUUCAGAUGGGGUGUACAGUUAUCACUCAGGACAGGAAGCAUACUGUCUAGAAGAAGAUGUUCAAAGGGUUUGGCAAUAACUGAGAUGGGAAUGAUGAUGCCCGUUUUGAACUGAGAGGGAAUUGCUUCUAAAUUCACAAUAGCAUCGAACACCAGGACUUGAGAAGUGGGCCAACAUAAAUGAGGUGCUGUGGGGAGAGAGAGCCCGCAGAGCUGCUACGUUUGAGGCGGUUGAGUGCAGCAUCAACUUCUUUUGGCAGAAAGGACACGUCGAGAAUACUUUCCUCUUCUACCAGGGUUGCUAUCUCUACUUCUGGGAUGGUGUUCGAGAUUUCCUGA